AUGGACUCCUCAACAAAGUGGAAUAAUUUACCUAAAGCUCCGAGUCUAAAGAACCUGACAGAGAGGGGCUUCGGGGUCCUGAAGGAGUCUCAGCAUGCCGCGGUGCAGGACCUGACCAAAGCCCACAUCGAGUCCUUCGACCAGGCUCUGACUGAUGGACUGAGCCGCGUCGUGCAGGCCAUCCCUCCCUUGGAGUUCACGUUCAGGAAUGACAGGAUCAGUCUGGCGUUUGUGGAGGCCACCCUCUACAGCCCGGUGGUCGCCAAGGGCAACAUCUGCAGGGAGAUGAAGGUGUUUCCUGCUGAGUGCAGGGGGAGGAGAUGCACGUACAAAGGGAAGCUAGUGGCGGACGUCAGCUGGUCAAUCAACGGAAUCCCCAAAGGCAUCAUCAAACAGUCCAUGGGUCAGGUGCCCAUCAUGGUGAAGUCCAAGCUGUGCAACCUGCACGGCUUGUCCCCCAAAAAGCUGGUGGAGCACCAUGAAGAAUCAGAGGAAAUGGGAGGCUAUUUCAUUGUAAAUGGAAAUGAGAAGGUUAUCCGUAUGCUGAUCAUGCCGAGGAGGAACUAUCCCAUCGCCAUGUCGAGACCCAAGUGGAAGAGCAGGGGGCAGGGAUACACUCAGUAUGGUAUUUCAAUGCGCUGCGUGAAGGAAGAGCACACGGCCGUCAACAUGAACCUUCACUAUCUGGAAAACGGGACGGUGAUGCUGAACUUCAUCUACCAGAAAGAGCUCUUCUUCCUCCCACUAGGCUUUGCUCUUAAGGCCCUGGUGGACUUCACUGACUUCCAGAUAUACCAGGAGCUGAUCAAGAGCCGCGAGGACAAUUCAUUUUACAAAAGCUGUGCGUCGGAGAUGUUGCGCAUGGUCAUGGAGGAGGGGUGCACCUCCCGCAGCAAGGUGCUGAACUACCUGGGGGAGCGCUUCAGGGUGAAGAUGAACCUGCCGGAGUGGUACACAAACGAGCAGUGUGCCAACUACCUGCUGGACGAGUGCAUCUGUAUCCACCUGAAGUCGAGCAUGGAGAAGUUCUACCUGCUGUGUCUGAUGACCAGGAAGCUCUUCACGUUCGCCAAGCAGGAGUGCAUGGAGGAGAACCCAGACAGCAUCAUGUGUCAGGAGGUGCUCACCCCUGGGCAGCUCUACCUCAUGUUCAUGAAGGAGAGGAUGUCUGCCUGGUUGCAGUCUGUGAAGCUCUCCUUUGAGAAGAGAGGCAGCAGACUGAGCACAGUGUGGACCGCUGAGAACGUGAUCAAGAUAUUCAACAUGGGCACGGACCUGACCAAACCCUUUGAGUAUCUGCUGGCCACCGGGAACCUGAGUUCCAAGACAGGUCUGGGCAUGAUGCAGAACACAGGCCUGUGCGUUGUAGCUGACAAACUGAACUUCAUUCGCUACCUGUCCCACUUCCGCUGCGUGCACAGAGGAGCAGCCUUCGCCAAGAUGAGGACCACUUCAGUCCGAAAGCUGCUCCCCGAGUCCUGGGGCUUCCUGUGUCCCGUGCACACUCCGGACGGGGAGCCCUGCGGACUCAUGAACCACAUGACGGCCAUCUGUGAGAUCGUGGCGCCGACCUUACCCACCACAUCCCUCCCUGCCCUGCUCUGCUCCCUCGGUGUGACUCCGAUGGAUGGGACCCCGGGCAAGGCGUACGCAGACUGCUACCCUGUGCUGCUGGAUGGAGCUGUGGUAGGCUGGGUGGAGGCAGAGCUCGCCCCGGUGGUGGUGGACUCUCUGCGCAUGUUCAAGGUGCUGAAAGAGAAGAAGAUCCCUCCCUGGACUGAGAUCGUUCUGGUUCCUAAAACAGGAAAGGCCAGCAUGUACCCGGGCGUGUUCCUCUUCACCACCCCCUGCCGGAUGGUACGACCCGUACGCAACUUAGCUCUGGGCAAGCAGGAGCUGAUCGGCACCUUUGAACAACUUUACAUCAAUGUGGGCAUCAUGGAGGAUGAGAUAGAGCCGGGGGUGACCACGCACCAGGAGCUCUUCCCUCACAGCAUGCUCAGCGUGGUGGCCAGCUUCAUCCCAUACUCCGACCACAACCAGAGCCCCAGGAACAUGUACCAGUGUCAGAUGGGUAAGCAGACGAUGGGUUUCCCCCUGCACUCCUUCCUGGAUCGCUCCGACAACAAGCUGUACCGGCUGCAGACCCCCCAGAGCCCCAUGGUGCGGCCCUACAUGUACGACCACUACAACCUGGACAACUACCCGAGCGGGACCAACGCCAUUGUGGCCGUCAUCUCCUACACAGGCUACGACAUGGAGGACGCCAUGAUCGUGAACAAGUCGUCCUGGGAGAGAGGCUUCGCCCACGGGAGCAUCUACAAGACGGAGCUGGUGGACCUGGCAGAAAAAGUGCGGGGAGAAGACAGCGUGGUGUUCGGGGUCAAGCCUGGGGACCCUAAAGUCAACGACAAACUGGACGCUGAUGGACUGCCAUUCAUUGGAUCCACUCUACAAUACGGAGACCCGUUCUACGGCUACAUCAACCUGAACACCGGCCUGACCUUCGUCAACUUCUACAAGAGCCAGGAGGCGUGCGUGGUGGACAACAUAAAGGUCUGCAGCAACGACACGGGCACGGGCCGCCUCAAACGCAUCUGCAUCACCAUGCGGGUGCCACGAAACCCGACCAUCGGCGACAAGUUCGCCAGCCGCCACGGUCAGAAGGGCAUCCUGAGCCGCCUGUGGCCCACCGAGGACAUGCCCUUCACGGAGAGCGGCAUGGCCCCCGACAUCCUGUUCAACCCGCACGGCUUCCCCUCCCGCAUGACCAUCGGGAUGCUCAUCGAGAGCAUGGCGGGCAAGUCGGGCGCCCUGCACGGCCUGAGCCACGACGCCACGCCCUUCACCUUCUCCGAGGAGAGCUCCGCACUGGAGUACUUCGGGGAGAUGCUCCGUGCGGGCGGGUACAACUACUACGGCACCGAGCGGCUCUACAGCGGUGUGAGCGGGCUUGAGCUGGAGGCGGACAUCUUCAUCGGGGUGGUCUACUACCAGCGGCUGCGUCACAUGGUCUCAGACAAGUUCCAGGUGAGGACGACGGGAGCGCGAGACAAGGUGACCAACCAGCCGGUGGGGGGGAGGAACAUUCAGGGAGGCAUCCGGUUCGGGGAGAUGGAGCGAGACGCCCUGCUGGCCCAUGGCUCGUCCUUCCUGCUGCACGACCGCCUCUUCAACUGCUCCGACCGCUCGGUGGCGCAGGUGUGUGUCGACUGCGGCAGCCUGCUCUCCCCCCUCCUAGAGAAACCUCCCCCCUACUGGUCGUCCAUGCGUAACCGCAAGACUAUCUGCACCCUGUGCGGGAAAAGUGACUCCAUCGACUCGGUGUCGGUUCCAUACGUCUUCCGCUACUUUGUCGCCGAGCUAGCAGCGAUGAACAUCAAAGUCAAGUUGGAUAUUAAGUGAAUUUUGCCGGACAACCAUAAAUAUGCCUAAAUGUGUCAAAUCAAAGGAAAUGAUCGUAUGUGUUUUAUUAACAUGGCUCUUGAUAUUUGAUACUUUGAUUAUGGUGUGUAAAAAAAACAAAUGUAUUUUUUAUAUUCACACUGAGUGUUAAAUAAAGAUGCUGGACCAAGAGUUGAGAUUCUUUACUCGGGUGAAAGCACCAACUGCACUCUCCAUUACAAACAGUCCUGUUUAAAAAUGGUUAUUAUCAGGGGCCAUAUUCACAAAAGUCAAAUUGUAGCUUAGAGAACCACAGAGUGAAUCAUUUCUUAGAGUACAGUCUUAAGACAUGGCACCCUUGUUGUAUAUGUUGCAGCCCGUAUUCAAAGUAUCCUACAAACUGAUUGGAAACAGUACUUCUUGCGCAGUUGCCAAGUAACAAGCAGCUAAUAAUCAUGUUUUUCUUUUACCAUGCUGGAAAUUAAUCCAGCUAAGUUAAAUAGGAAAAUGUACAGGGCUUUCAUCAUUUUCAGUUUAUAGAAGUUGGUCGGUUUGAUGGGGAAUUUUGAGUGCAUCUUUAAACAGUCCUCCUUCCCUCUCCCAACAGUGUUUUUCCUGAGGAGCUAAAGGACUAAUUGCUCUGUGAAUAGUACAUUCAUCAGGAUAUACUCUUAACUAUUGGGGGGUAUUAUUAGAAACAUCUUAAUUCCAAAAAAUGUUCACAUUGAGUAACUCUUUGUAGGAGGAAUCUUUAUGAAUACAGCAUCAGAAUCAAAACUUAUAUGAAAGAAAAGUUCUCAUUCUGCAGGAAAACUGUUCCUGUGCCACAUAUAUUACAUCUGAUGCAUCACUUGGGUCACAAACCUAGUUUGAAUUCUGCAUAUGUCACAUGUUUGACAAGUUAAGUAACCACUGGUUUAAUAUUACAAAUUUGAUACGUGUAUAGUUAUUUUUUAUGUAUAUUCCUCAUCCGAACUAGGACUGUGAAAAUCUGAAUUUUUAAUACAUAAAUAAAACAAUUCACUAAAGAUAUUACAAUACCUAAAGAAAAUGUUAAAGGGAAAAAAUGCUAUCAGUUGAAACCAUCUUGUUUUUUGAGCAUUUGUUUGGCAAAUGAAUUGGCGUAAAAUAAGAACACUUAAACUAAUGAACAGUAAAGAGGAAACCAGAUUAACAUAUACAUAUCAACCAUGCCCAACAUUUGCCAAAAUCAUAUAACCACAUGUAUAUUCUUUAAUAUCACGAUUAUUGUCUAUACAUUCACACCUGGUCUGACCACCAAAGUAAACAUAGCUGUACAAUGAAUUCAGUGGAGUCAAAAGAGCCGUAUUUCCUCUGAUAUACAAUCACUGACACUGAUCUCAAUUGUACUCUAGUACAGUGCUUGAGUAAAUGUAUACAAAU